AUGGAAGUGGUCCUUGCAACAAACGGGAAGCGUAUGAAUUGGGCUGGAGGAUUUGAGUGCAUGAGAAUCUCCACGUUUUCCAAUUUUAUGCUUUCACAUAAAGCUGUAGGAAGAAGUUUCAGAAGAAACAGGGUAUUUGAGGUGUGGAAGAAUUCCAUGCCAGCACUGCAAAGGGGAGAAGACGCAUCCUCAGUGGCUGCCCCGUCUGUGGCGCAAACAAGCAGCAAAGCAGUGUGGACCAAACACCGUGAAUCUGAUGCCCUGGAAAAGCAAACCAGGGGCAGGUUUGUGGGCUCAUGUGCACCACUUGGCUUAUUGCUGGAUUACUCACACCUCAUAGUGCCUAGCUGA